UGUGAUUAAAUUAUAAAAGGGCAAUAAGAGCUGAUUCUGUUUGGGUGAAGACUGAAGACAGAUAUUUAAUCUCUGGAAGUCACAUUAAGUUUUGUAAGAAGGUGAAACAUGACACCCUAACUCGCGUUUCUUACUCGAGUGAUUAGACUCGUCUCGAGUGUAUUGUAUUUAAUUUAACCGUGGGUGAGUGAUUAUUAGAAUCUCUCAUUCUCAACCAAUUCAAAUCCUCCUUUCUAUUAAUCUGAAACAAGUUAUUAGUCAUGAAGAUCCAGUGCGACGUGUGUAACAAACAGCAGGCAUCGUUGUUCUGCACCGCCGACGAAGCCGCCCUAUGCGACGGCUGCGACCACCGCGUCCACCACGCCAACAAGCUCGCCUCCAAACACCAACGCUUCUCCCUCAGCCACCCCUCUGCAAAACAUUUUCCUCUCUGCGAUGUUUGCCAGGAGAGAAGAGCCUUUGUGUUUUGUCAGCAAGAUAGAGCGAUUCUGUGCAAAGAGUGUGACGUGCCCGUUCAUUCUGCCAACGACCUCACCAAGAACCAUAACAGGUUUCUUCUCACUGGGAUUAAGUUUUCUGCCCUCGAUUCUCCUUCAACACCUCCUAAGCCUGCAGGUGGAAACUCCCUAACAAAUCAACAACCACAACAACAAACUGGUUUCACAGGUAGCAGCAUAUCAGAAUACUUGAUAAACACUAUCCCAGGCAUGGAGUUCGAAGAUUUCCUCGAUUCACAUUCUCUUCCCUUUGCUUGCUCCAAGAAUAGUGAUGACAUGAUGUUGUCGAUGUUUGGUGAGGGAAACAUGGUUUCGUUCUCAGCCGGAGGGAUCUGGGUUCCUCAAGCACCAUCUUCAGUACAAAUGGAUCAGCAGAGUGGGUACAAAGACACAUGGGAAACUAGCAUUAGAUCAAGUUUUGGGGAUGAUAGUUUAUUAGUUCCACAGAUGACUCCUCCCAGCAAUGUGUUUAAUAAUAAGAGAUCCAGGCUUCUAUGGUAAAACAGUUACAGCUAGCUAUCAAGCUAACCACCUUAUGUGGCUUUUAAUUUCACUCUAUUCUUAAUUUGGUUUUCUUUGUUUUUUUGUCCCUCUCCUCCUUCCUGAGUACUACACUACUCUUCUAGCUACUUAAUUCCCUCUUGCGUUCUCGAUAAGUUGAUGUAUCUCUUCCAAAUUGUAAAUGUCUAUGUUUUAAGAGCUCUCUGGGUUCAGAUUAAUUGUUUCUGCUACAUGUUAAAAGAUGACUCAAGUCUUAAUUAACAUUGCAUAAAUGAACCGGAAGAAGACUUAGGCGAUAUCUUCA